AUGACUUUACCAAUUCAGGAUUUAGAACCUGAUUAUUAUAUUUCCGUCAAUUAUCCUACCACCGAUAAUGGAUCACCAACCCCACAAGCUGAAAAAUCAUUGAAAACAUUAAUUGAUUUAUUAUAUGAUAAAGGGUUUGCCGCCCAAAUUAGACCUGGUGAUUUAGAUCAUUUAUUAGUCUUUGUUAAAUUGUCUUCGUACAAGUUUUCUGAAGAAGCUGAAAAAGAUUUAAUUAAAAAUUAUGAAUUUGGUGUCACGGGUAAAGAUGACGUGUUAGCUUCUAAACUUAGAAUUAUUUAUCAAUACUUAACUUAUCCACAAUCAGUUGGUGGAUGUGGUAUUACUCCUAAUUCUGGGGAUUGGAAAUUUGUCACCAGUAUUGUUCCAAUUACUAAUGCCUUUAAUGAAACCACUUUAGUUGAAGAUUUAAAAAUUAAUGUUACUCAACCAAAUUUAUCAAUUGCCACUAUCAAAAAGACAUAUGGAGUUGAAGUUGCUCUUUAUUUUGAAUAUAUAAAACAUUACACUUUUUGGUUAUUAUUGCUUUCUAUUAUUGGUCUUGUAUCUCAUUUUAGAAAAGAUAAACGAUUCCUGUUAACUUUUGCCUUUAUCAAUUUGCUUUGGGGGGUUUUAUUCCUUGCAUCAUGGCAUAGAAGAGAACAACAUUUGGUUAAUGUAUGGGGUGUUCAAAAUAGUCAUUUAAUUGAAGAACAUAAUUCCGAAUUGGCUAAAGUCAAUGAAAGAUAUGAAGAAAAAUCAACUUAUUUCCAUGCAAAUAAUACCAAUGGAUUCAGAUUUUUAAAACAAUUGGCAUUUAUCCCCAUUGCCUUGGUGUUUGUUGGUGUUUUGAUUAGUUAUCAAUUGAGUUGUUUCUGUAUUGAAAUCUUUUUAACCGAUAUUUAUGAUGGCCCCGGGAAAUCUUUAUUGACUUUAUUACCAACGGUUUUAAUCAGUGUAUUUGUGCCAAUUUUGACCAUUGUUUAUAAUGCUGUCACUGAUAUUAUUAUUAAAUGGGAAAAUCAUGAUAACCAAUAUAGCAAAAAUAAUUCUAUUCUUGUUAAAACCUUUGUGUUGAAUUUCUUGACUGGUUAUGUUCCAUUAAUCAUCACUUCAUUCAUAUAUUUACCAUUUGCUCAUUUGGUGCAACCUCAUUUAGGUGAUAUUAAAACCACUAUUGCCACAUAUGCUGGUGAAAAUAGAUUCUACACCAAAUACUUGUUGAAAUUAAAGAGUCAAGAAGAAUUUAAAAUCAAUCAAGGUAGAUUAGAUGCUCAAUUCUUUUAUUUCAUUGUCACAAAUCAAGUUAUACAAUUGGUAUUGAAAUAUAUUCUCCCAUUGGGUUUAAGAUUUGUAUUUAAUUUUAUUGAAACGAAAAUUCAGAAGAAACCUCAAUUACAAACUAAAGAUGAUAACCCUGAUGAAUCUAUUUGGUUACAUAAUGUCAGAUUAUCGUUGAAACUUCCUGAAUAUAAUGUUGAUGAUGAUUUUAGAGGAUUAGUUUUACAAUUUGGAUAUUUGAUAAUGUUUGGUCCAGUUUGGCCAUUGGCACCAUUGGUUUGUAUUAUUUUCAAUUUAAUUUUUUUCAAGUUGGAUAAUUUUAAAUUAUUGAAUGGUAAAUAUUUCAAACCACCAGUUCCAAGAAGAGUUGAUUCUAUUCAUCCAUGGAAUUUAGCCCUUUUCUUGUUAGCAUGGAUUGGAUCAAUUAUUUCCCCCGUGGUCACGGCAUUUUACCGUCAUGGUACUGCUCCACCAAAAUCUAUGGGUCAAUUUGCCCUUGAUAAAGCUAGUGUUCAUGUUUCAUCCUCAGUUUUCUUGGUUUUAUUAAUGUUUGUUUCAGAACAUGGAUUUUUGAUUUUGAGUUAUCUUUUAUUUGAAUUCUCUUCUUUGUUCAAGAGUCAAGUUGAAUGGGAAAAUGAUUUUGUUGAUAAUGAUAUUAAAUUGAGACAUGAUUAUUAUUCUGGGAAAGUAAAACCAACUUAUAAAGUCCACUCGGAUGAGUUGUGGGAGAAGUUUACCCCACAAUCAACUUUGAAUUUCACUGUUCCUAAACCAACCGCAGAAACUGAUGAUAAAGUUGAAAAAAUUGCUUCUACCGAAGAUGCUUAUCUGACUUCUGCAGAAAAAUCUACUACUACUGCUACUUCUCGUUCUGAUAAGAGUAAAAUUCUUGCUGAAAAGGAAGCUAUUUUGAAACAAAAGGAAGCUGAGUUGGCCGAAUUAGAAAAGAAAAAGACCAAACUAAAUGAUUUUAAAGAUCCAACUGAUUCUGUCAUUAAAACCAAAUCAAAUGCCAAUGGUAAAGCUGUGUUAAGUACAAUUGACAAUAACAAACAUGUUAGUGAUAUUGAUCCAGAUGCCGCCGCCGCAGCAGCAACUGCAACAUCUACUGCUAAUGAUUCUGGUGCAAAAAAAUCAACAUCAACAUCAACAUCAGCAGCCACAGAUACUACUAACACUGCCCCAUCUCAUUCUGGUCCAACUCCUGUCACUUCUUCUGAAAAAUCAAACAACAACAACAACAGUAAGCCAAGUGAUAGUACCAAAUCUACUUUAUCAAAUGAUGAAACAAGAAAAACACUUGAUCCUAAAGGCGUUGGAAGCACUACAACAGGCGGUAAAGACACAGUUUCCUCAGACAAAGCAUCUCUGCCAAUUGAAGAUAAAGAAAGUUCACCAUCCCUAGCUGGAAGUUCAACAUCAACACCAAGUGGAACUGAUAAAAAAACAUCUCCUAAAAAAUUAGUUACCAAUGCUGUCAAUAAAGUUGAAAAUAAUGAUGAUUUCAAAAAAUUCAUUAAUGAGGCUGAAAAGGAAGCUAAAAAAUCCAAAUCUGGAUUGAAAAAAUUAUUUAACAAGAAGUAG